AUGGCAAAGCUAAUUGGUGCACAUCUAUCGAUAAGCAAGGGGAUUCAUACAAUUCAGGCACAAAUGGAAUCACUCGGAUUAGACACAUGUGCAAUAUUUCUAAAGAGCCAGAGGAGAUACCUUGCUCCACCUAUGAGGGAAGGUGUGGCGGAAAUGUUUAAGGCGCGUGUUCUGCAUCCAGAGAUGAUUGUUCCUCAUGGAUCCUAUCUCAUCAACUUUGGAAACCCUAGCUUAGUGGAUAAGAGUAUGGAAUGUCUUGUCGAUGACUUAGAGAGAUGCCGAUCUUUAGGGAUCAAGAUGUAUAAUAUGCACCCAGGAAGCGAUAAGACGAGAGACAAGACGGGGUGCUUAAGAAGUAUUAGUCAUAAUAUAAAUAAGGCCUUGUCGAGGGUACAGGAUAUCACUAUAUUGAUAGAGAACAUGGCAGGUCAAGGGAAUGUAGUUGGAAGCACUUUCGAAGAGCUAAGAGAUAUUAUAGAAAAAGUUGAGGAGAGAGAAAGAAUAGGCAUAUGUUUAGAUACAUGCCAUUUAUUUGGAGCAGGUUUUGAUAUCACAACGGAAGAAAGAUUUGCAGAAGUCAUGGAAAGGUUUGACAGAAUAAUUGGCCUAAAGUUUUUGAAAGCCAUGCACAUUAAUGAUAGUAAAGAAGCAUUGGGGUCAAGGAAAGACAGACACGAGUCAAUUGGAAAGGGGAUGAUUGGCGGUAAGGCUUUCAGAUUCAUCAUGAAUAGUGGGGUUUUUGACAAUAUCCCGUUGAUUCUUGAGACCCCGGAUCCAGGAAAAUAUAAAGAAGAAGCAGGCUUCUUAAGGAAUCUGAUCAAUAAAUGA